UCCCACUUUUCUCAAACGGCAACAUCCUCCUAAUCUGUACAUCACCACUUUUUGCUCAAGAAUUCCUAGAUACUUUCUAGAUAUUUUCAAGUGUAUACACAAAUAAGAAAUCGCAAAGAUGGGAAGUAUGGGAUCCGAAGCACGGAGGAUAAAUGUUUGGUUAGACUGUGAUCCAGGUAUGUAAAAUCAAACAAAAUCGAAUCAAAAACUAAGGUUACCGCGACAUCGAAAUUCUCCGCUUGCUAACACUCCUUGCAUAGGCCACGAUGUAAGUUUCGUAUUUUCCUGUCUGUGGGAGAUAUGCAUGUUGAAAAGUGUCUUAUAUUCGUCAUCUUGAAGGCUUAAGCUAGCUGUGCAUUAUGCAAGAUGGAAAGAGAUAUGGGAAUUAUGGAGUCACAUGAUCUAUUCUCGCGGCAUCGAAGGUUAUCCAGAAAGAUUGAAUCUGUGAAGAACGGGAUCAAGAAGAAUAGCUAAAUAAUAAACAGGAUGCAUUUGCUAUUCUUCUCUCCGCCUACCAUCCCUCUCUAAAUCUCCUCGGUAUCUCCACCGUUCACGGAAACUCCUCUAUAAACCAUACUACCUACAAUGCGACCUCUCUUCUUACAGCCAUGUCCGCAACCCAUAUCCCCGUCUACCGGGGCUCUGGAGUCGGAUUAGUACGACCCGCUGUUCAUGCUCCUGCUAUCCAUGGAGAAUCUGGGUUAGAAGGAACAAAUCUUUUACCGAUACCUGCGAAAGGACCUGUUGAUGAGUUGGCUAUCGAUGCUAUGGCUAAAGCAUUAUUAGCUACGUCACCUGGCUCCGCUUGGGUUGUUGCUACAGGUGCAUUGACAAAUAUCGCGUUAUGCUUUCAGAAAUAUGAGGGAUUAGCUUCACAUAUCAAGGGAUUAAGUAUCAUGGGUGGCUCCGUUGGGAACGAUUUCACAGACGCAGUUUUAGGACGAGUAGACCAUAAAGAACGGAUAGGGAACUGGAGUACCUGGGCCGAAUUUAACAUCUUAGUUGAUCCGGAAGCUGCGGCAUUUAUAUUCGAACACGAGGUUUUGAAGAGGAAGUCUGUGCUUAUUCCACUGGAUAUUACGCAUCAGGUAUUAGCGACGAAGGAGGUGCAGGAGAUGUUGAGGAGUGGAAAGGAUGGGAGAGAAAAUACUACACUGAGGACGAUGUUGGUGGAGCUGCUUAUGUUUUUUGCAGCUACUUAUGAUAGAGUUUUUGGGAUGAGUGAUGGACCGCCGUUACAUGAUCCGUUGGCCGUGGCGGUUAUUAUGGAUGGGAUCUUGAGUGCCGAGAUCCCUUUUUAUGAUUUUGAGGAGGGAGGGAAGACGGAGAGAUUUGAGGUUAAGGUUGUCACUGAGGGCAGUCAUGAAGAUGCUCAGAAUGGUUCGGAAACGGGUAGAACUAUUGUCAAACUGCUUCCUGAAGGGGAGCAGGGUGUCAAGAUUCCAAGGGGCUUGGAUAUUAAGAGGUUUUGGGACGUAGUGGAAGACUGUCUAUCUAGAGCUGAUGCCGCAAACAAGGUGAACGGGAUUGUUUAGAAAGAAUUCUAUAGAAGUAGAAAAAUAGAAAUAUCUAUCUUCAAAAUUUGAUG